AGCCUUUUUGGGUGAGAGCAUGGGUCCCGGAGGGUCCCGGCACCUUCCCCCGCCUCGAUGUGCGAGCUGGGGGAUAUGUUGGAGGAGAAGACGCUGCCGCAAUCCAGCUGCCGCGCGCGAGAGCUCCAAGCCUUGGCCUUGAGUCUGGUGCUGAACUCGCGCCUUAGGCAGCCGGGAGGCUUUUCGCUGUUCAACGAGCUCCACCUGGCCGGUGCCAAGAGCAAGGCCUCUGAAGAGGUAGAGCCUGCAGAUCCUUGGGGCAUCCCUCGGAUCAAGUGCUGGGCAGAUGCUACUGAUGAUGAGGAUGAACAGAUCCUCAGAGGCCGGCCUGCGGCGAAACCGCGCCCCAAGCGCAUCUACUCCCGGCGCGUGCUCCUCCAAGCCCGGCCGCGCAGCUCGGGCGGCGGAAUUGGCGCGGAGGCGGCGCUGCCCGUGGCUAGGAGGCUCGACCUCGCUCCAGAGGCGCAAAGGACCUCGGUCGUGGAGACGCGGAGACGUCGACCGGCCGAGCACUUCUUCGACCCCGCGAGUGCCGAGAGCACCUUCGAGGCAGUUCUCGCGUGGCUGGAACCGGACGCCAGGCAGCGCCGGGUUUCCUUUGCUGCCGCGCAGGCCGCGCUCCCGCUUCCUGAAAAGUCGCCUCUCCGAGCUGGUGAGGCAGCGCUGGAGGAAGAGGCCUCGGAGGACGUCGUUGGCGAAGCCACGAGCGCGCCGCGGCAAGGGGACGGUUGCUCCGGGAAUUUCCGCUGGCCAUGGGUCAUGAUUUGGGCGCUGCUGUUGCUGCUGAGUUAUUUCUGGGCUCCAGGCGCCCAGCCCGCGGUGCAAGCGGCGAGGCCCGGCGUGAGCUUUGCUCCCCAGUGAGGCGCCGAGCGACUCGGCGCCGCCGAAGGGCAUCCCCUCUGCCACUGCAGUUCUCCGAGUUGAACGGAGUUUUCCCGCCAGCUGACCGAAACACGUGUGUCGUCGCUGAUGUGUUUUUGGUUUUGGUGUG